CCUUGCUAGCUCUCUCUCACACACAAAAAAUGGCUGGUCCAUCAUCUCAUCCAAAAACUACCUCCCACUCCCUCUAUAUUUUCUCCCUCAACUCACCUUCUUAUUCUUCUUCUUCUUCAUCAUCUUCCACUUCUUCAACCCUAAGUUCCAUGAAGCUCAAAGGUACCCUAGUCCACGCUCGCAUCGCUCGAGCUCUCUCCAGAGCAAAAUCCAUCAUCAUCCAUAUCCUCAAGGACCUCCAACUCAUCCAAUUCGUCGUAUCGAUGAAGAAGAGCAAGAAGAGGAACAAGCUCUAUUUUGGUUCGUUUAGGCUGCAUUACAAUUGGUGCUCCUCUCAUGUACUUCCCGUGCCAUCUCCCAUCACUGACUACUAUGAUUCUACGUGGAAUUCUGUCGUUCAUGCCGAGUACGAUGACAUUGCAGAGUCGUCGCAGCUCUCGGGGUACCUCCAGUGGCUGGAAGAGAAAAAGACUCGUGGGAAUUCUGGUGCUUCUGAUCAUACAGACGACAUUGAUAGGCUGGCGGACAUGUUCAUUGCGAAUAGCCAUGAGAAGUUCAGGUUGGAGAAACAAGAGUCCAAUAGGAGAUUUCAAGAGAUGAUGGCUAGAAGUGUGUGAGGGUCUUUUCAACUUCGACCUUUUUCUAUUAAAAGUUACAUUGGUUGGGUUUGGAAUGGUAUUUGGUAGGCAUUGGGUGGGAGGUUGGAUUGGAUUUCUUUUCCCCUCUCUCUCUCUCUCUCUCUCUCUCUCUCUCUGAAUUGUACAUGAUGGGGUGAUGGUAUUUGUGCAAUUCUUCUACUGUGGAAGGGUAAUUGUAAGGUUAUUAUAUUUUGUGGGAUUCAAUUCCGGAACCCAGGCUUUAAGUUAAAAAGCUUUGACUUA